UCUUGGUUGCCGGGCACCAGGUUGGCAGGCUGCGCGUGCGCGGCGGCCCAGCCGGCUCCGGCGGGUUCGGCGCGUCCCUGAGGCUAGAGGUCGGUGUUUGUCAGCGGCCGCGAUGACCCAGGCGGAGAAGGGGGACGCGGAGAACGGGAAGGAGAAGGGCGGAGAGAAGGAGAAGGAGCAGCGCGGCGUGAAACGACCCAUCGUGCCCGCGCUGGUGCCGGAGUCGCUGCAGGAGCAAAUCCAGAGCAACUUCAUCGUUGUCAUACACCCCGGUUCAACAACCUUAAGGAUUGGUCGAGCCACAGACACACUUCCUGCUAGCAUUCCUCAUGUAAUUGCACGAAGACACAAACAACAAGGGCAGCCACUAUACAAGGACAACUGGCUCCUAAGGGAAGGACUAAAUAAACCAGAAAGUAAUGAACAAAGACAAAAUGGCCUUAAAAUGGUGGAUCAAGCAAUAUGGUCUAAAAAGAUGUCAAACGGUACAAGACGGAUUCCUGUGUCCCCUGAACAGGCACGUUCCUACAACAAGCAGAUGCGACCUGCAAUUUUAGAUCACUGUUCUGGAAAUAAGUGGACAAACACAUCUCAUCACCCUGAAUUUUUGGUGGGAGAAGAGGCAUUAUAUGUUAAUCCAUUGGACUGUUAUAAUAUUCACUGGCCUAUCAGAAGAGGUCAGUUAAAUAUUCACCCAGGACCUGGGGGCUCCCUUACGGCUGUUUUGGCAGAUAUUGAAGUAAUAUGGUCUCACGCAAUCCAAAAAUACUUGGAAAUUCCACUCAAAGAUUUAAAGUAUUAUAGAUGUAUCUUGCUAAUUCCUGAUAUCUAUAAUAAACAGCAUGUGAAAGAACUAGUGAAUAUGAUCCUCAUGAAGAUGGGUUUUUCAGGGAUUGUGGUCCAUCAGGAGUCUGUGUGUGCCACCUUUGGAAGUGGUUUAAGCAGCACAUGUAUCGUAGAUGUUGGUGACCAGAAGACAAGUGUGUGCUGUGUGGAGGAUGGGGUCUCUCAUCGGAAUACUCGGCUCUGUCUGGCGUAUGGGGGCUCUGAUGUGUCAAGGUGUUUCUACUGGCUGAUGCAGCGAGCCGGGUUCCCUUACCGGGAAUGCCAGCUAACAAAUAAAAUGGAUUGUCUUCUUCUACAGCACCUUAAAGAAACUUUCUGUCAUUUAGAUCAGGACAUCUCUGGGCUUCAGGAUCAUGAGUUUCAGAUUCGACAUCCAGAUUCUCCUGCCCUGCUUUACCAGUUUCGAUUAGGAGAUGAAAAACUCCAGGCUCCAAUGGCUUUGUUUUACCCAGCAACUUUCGGAAUUGUUGGACAGAAGAUGACAACUUUGCAGCACAGAUCCCAGGGUGACCCUGAGGAUCCUCACGAUGAGCAUUACCUGCUAGCCACACAGAGCAAGCAAGAACAGUCUGCAAAAGCUACAGCUGACCGAAAGUCUGCAUCCAAACCCAUUGGAUUUGAAGGGGAUCUUCGUGGCCAGUCAUCUGAUCUUCCAGAAAGACUCCAUGCCCAGGAGGUGGAUUUGGGAUCCUCCCAGGGAGACUGUCUGAUGGCAGGCAAUGAAUCUGAGGAAGCUCUCACAGCACUGAUGUCCAGGAAGACUGCCAUCUCGCUGUUUGAAGGGAAGGCCCUGGGCCUGGAUAAAGCCAUUCUUCACAGCAUAGACUGCUGUUCAUCUGAUGAUACCAAAAAGAAGAUGUACAGUUCCAUCCUGGUGGUGGGAGGUGGUUUGAUGUUUCAUAAAGCUCAAGAAUUUCUGCAGCACAGAAUUCUCAACAAAAUGCCACCCUCAUUCAGGCGAAUUAUCGAGAAUGUGGAUGUGAUCACAAGGCCCAAGUUGGAACAGAGAGAUGUCUGCAGUUCACGGGUCCUGCAUGGAUGUGUCUUUAAUACAGGACAUGGAUCCCCGGCUGAUUGCUUGGAAAGGAGGGGCCGUGCUGGCUUGUUUGGACACGACACAGGAACUGUGGAUCUAUCAGAGAGAAUGGCAGCGCUUUGGUGUCCGCAUGUUACGAGAGCGAGCUGCUUUUGUGUGGUGAAAGUGGGCAGGAAGUCAGUGUUGAAGACCAAAAAUAAGCAUCCUGGUAUAAAGACUCUUAAAGAAUAUAUGUAUUUUAAUUUAUUGACUCAGAUGCUUAAGUUUUGUGGAAAAUAAAUGAAUUUUAACUUUUA